CACCCGCCGGUCUUAGCUCAUUCUCCCUCGAUUGCCGCUUGAUUUCGGUUACGCUCUUGCUGCAGUGACUGUGCUUUUUUGUCAGUCUCAUUUUGGGAUAUCUCUCAUGGUGACUGCUGUAUUUGUGGCCUGAUAUCCCAUAACCAAUCCGCGCGACGACCCCUGCCACGGGCAAUUGGUGACCAUUGUUGAAUAGCGUCCGGGGUGCUGAGGCGGUUAUACCGGUUCUCUGAAGCGCUGGAAAGGAUACAACAAACGACCUAAAAUGAGGUCGAAUGAGCGAAACCCCCUCCAGCGACGACGGUCGUCAACACAGCACUACCAGACCUUCGACACGCCGCCACCGAAAUCACGCGGAGGAGGACCAACAUCCGAACAAUCCAACGCCUCGGUCGAUGGCCCGCGACACAACAACCAUGAAGGAUCCAGCUCCCACCAUUCGGGCCCAGAGUCCCCACUCCCGAAGAAACAAAUGGCCAUGUUAGCGGUGAUCGCGUUGUGCGAACAGACGGCAUUCAACUCGAUCAGUCCCUACCUCCCCGACAUGGUGCUUUCGUUCCCCGAAGUGGAAUUGAAUUCUGUGGGUGUAUACGUGGGAACGCUGGCCUCUGCUUUUGCGCUGGCGCAGUUCGUGACUAAUUACUUCUGGGGAUGGUUAUCUGAUCGCGUGGGGCGGAAGCCGGUGAUUUUGCUGGGUACUAUCCUGACAGCGGUGUCUUUUCUUGCAUUCGGGCUGUGCAGGACGUUAUGGCAGGCGAUUCUUGUGCAGGCGGUGAUGGGUGCCGUCAAUGGUAAUCAGGGCUUGGUGUCGACCUGCCUAGGUGAGAUUACUGACCGGAGUAACCAGUCAAAGGCGUUCACCUAUCUUCCAGUUAUUUAUGGUAUUGGCGGUGUCACGGGUCCUCUUCUAGGUGGUUUGUUGAUUUUCGAGCGCAACCCGUUGAAUAAUAGCGAACCGAACCCGUUUCCAUACCUCAUGCCGAAUUUGAUCUCUGCGGUUGUGUUGUUAGUGGAUUUUAUUCUGUCAAUAUUCUUCCUGGAAGAAAGUCUUGAAGAUGCAGAUGCGUUUCCUAAGUUUCAACGCAAGGUUCGCGCACUGUUCACGUGGAUAUGGCAAUACACGAGCUUCGCUAAACGCGCGAGAUACGUCGAGCCUCCACACUAUCACCAAGUCCGGAAUGAAAGCCAGGACCAUGAUAGCGAGCUUGACUCGGCGUCUGAAGCGCCAGAUGAUGAAGAUAAUCAGCAUGAGCUUAUGCCGUCAGAGCUUUGGAACCGGGAUAUUAUCCUACUUCUUGUGUCGUAUCUAAUCUUCGCAUUGUGCAACAUCUCGUUCAAUUCGCUCUUCCCAGUCUUUGCACAAGCCAAGCCGCCACUGGGCCGUGGACUUACGCCAUCAGAGAUUGGUCUUUCGCAGGGAUUUUCUGGCUUGGUGACCAUCCUAUUCCAACUCUGCGUUUUUGGAAAACUGCGGGACAAGAUGGGUAAUCGGUCGUCCUAUCGAGCGUCGCUUUUUGGAUUCGCUCUUUCGUUCCUCUUUUUGCCGUUUGUUGGGUAUAAGGGCGAUGAUCCGAACGGUCACCUGUCGCAGAAGUCCGUCUGGGUUGCGAUUGAAUUUUGCUUUGUCCUGCUGAUCAAGACCGUCGCUGCUGUUGGCGGCAUCACCAGUUCCCUUUUAUUGAUCACCAACUCCGCACCCAACCACGCCGUCCUCGGUGCAUUGAACGGCCUAGCCCAAACUCUCUCCGCCGCCGGCCGAGCCGCCGGCCCAUUCAUUUCCGGCGGAUUAUUCUCCCUCGGCUCCAAGAUCAUGCCCACAGGAGUGUAUAUGACCUUUGGCGUGUUCGCUGCCGUGUCGUUUCUGGGAUUUGUCCUGAGUUUCGGUGUCCGGGGCCGCUCUCUCGAGGCGGAGGGGUGGCAUAGUGAUAGCGAUGAUAAUUAUAAGUCGGAUGAUGAGGAGGGUGAUGCAUAGCUUGAUGCGUUGCUUGGUAUGAAUUUGUAUACAUGAGUUACGAUAUUUCUUUUGUUUAUCUUGAUCUUGGGUUGGGUUUUUAGAUGUGGGUUUACACACGCAUUUUGUAUAGUUAAUCGUGAUGUAUAAAAGUAGAUUCCGUCCAGACAACUAAGACUAGGUUAUAUGACCUAUUGAAUUCCAAAUACCC